AUGAAUCGCACGCUGGUCGAGUGUGCGCGUUGCAUGAUGGAACACGCUGGACUGGGAAAGAGCUACUGGGGUGAAGCAGUGAUGACGGCGAUGUUUCUUCGAAACCGCUGUCCAACACGUGCCAUUCACCAAGACAAGUCUCCAUAUCAAGUGUGGACGAUGAAGAAACCGAUUCUGGCCAACCUUAAAGUGUUUGGAUGCCACGCGUAUGUUCAAGUGCCUCAAGACAAACGCGCGAAGUUCGACUCCAAGUCAUCACUCUGUCGUUUCCUGGGAUACGCCGAACACCAGAAGUCAUAUCGAUUUGAGGAAGUGUCAACAGGAGCGAUCAAGAUCAGUCGCGAUGCCACAUUCAUGGAAGACAAGUUUGAUGAAGGUCCGCGCAACUACAACGAUGAGUCAAGUGUCGUUGAGUUUGAUGAUCAUGAUGAGGACGAAGAAAAAGAAGAAGGUAAAACUGACGACGACAUGGACUCGAGCGACGAUGACAACGAAGACACCAGGUCUUCGAAGAGCAACAUCAAGAGACACACGCGCACUCAAUCACUUGAGAAAGCUACCGUCAUUCAAGUCCCAAGCGAAGAACAUACAGAGGUCCGUCGCUUGAGCAUGUGA